AUGUUGAGUAUAGCAGUGAAAGAAAAGCCCACGUUUAAGAAGAAACGUGAUAAUUACGCGCGCCGGCUAAAGACUAAGAAACUGAUCAAGUAUUUACAAAGCGAGUUAAGAACUUCCACUACUCACGGCCUGCCUUACAUCGCCAACACUGAGCUACAUUGGUUUGAGAGAAUAUUCUGGGCGGCAUGUUUCGGUGCAGCCUGUGCUGUGAUGUUCGUUCUCGUGUCUGCCCAAUAUACAAGACUUGUGGAAGCACCAACAGUUAAUAGUGUGGAAAAAGAUUACUUGAAUUGGAAUGUGUCAUACCCGACGAUUGUAUUGUGUCCCAUGAGCAAAAUCGAUGAUGAAAUCUUUGCUGAUUAUGUUAAUGAAACUUUCAACAAUACUGGUUACAAUUUAGAGUCAUUCUAUUCCGCCAUUAUAUCCGUGUCUUUGGAAGCAUUAAAUGUUCUGGAUCUGUUACCACCGCCCGAAAUAUUAAAGCUCAUUAAACCUGAGGACUACGCGAAAAUCGCUGCAGAUUUGUUCAAGAAAUUUAAGAACAAAACGUUAACGACUAUGCCGAAGUGGCCCAUUACGAUAGACACAGCUAUGACGGAGAUGGGGAUGUGUCAUAUAAUAAAUUCGAACGUUGCUAUACUUGAUGAUCCCACCAAAUGGAGUGACAGCAGUGUGGCAUACGCCAAAAACAACAUUGAGCUCUCUGUACACGACAUGGACUUUUUUGUUCAGAUACUUAACUACGCCAAUGUUUAUAAGGUUUAUACUCUGAGUCCCGACGAAGUAAUCUUAAGUGGAACGCCCGCGUUAACAUUCGAGAGCGAAGGGUUCUUGUCUUUUGGAGUGCAAAUUACGAGCACUAGAGCAUCCGAGGAUCUUAAGUACAUUCCUUUGCAGCUUCGGAAAUGCAGAUUUAUGCACGAAACGACUACUAAACGAUACCCAAUUUACUCGUACAACCGAUGCUUGAUGGAUUGUAGAAUUAAAAUGAUAUUCAAACUAUGCAACUGUAUACCACAUUUUUACAAACCGUUAGAUCACGAAACCAUUUGUAACCUAGCAGAAUUGGAGUGUGUUCUUGAAUACAAGAAGGAAAUUAUGAAACUGUCUAUUGACAAUGAAACUAUGGAAAGAUUCGAUAACACUGACGAUUUGCCGAGAUCUUUUCGCGACUGUGGUUGCUUAGGCAACUGUGAAGAGGACGUGUUCAAGAACGAUCAUGAGCAGUUCGUACCUACUGUCGGUCUCAACCGCAUGCGACUUAGCGUUUCUGCGUUCCCAAAAGUGCGUGUCAGGAGAGAAAUAAUAUUCAGCUUUUAUGAUCUCUUCUUGCGUAGCGGUGGUGUCGUCAAUCUAUGUAUUGGAACCUCAGUAAUCUCCAUAAUGGAACUUAUACUCACUGCGGUAAGGAUCCCUAUUUACGAGAUAAUGCAGAUUGGAAAAGGAAUAUGGCGGCGAUAUAAGAAGUCGAAAAUAACCAGGUUCUCAAAUAAGAAAAAGCAGAUUUAGGG